AUGGUUGAAACUGCUCAAGCCCGUGUCACACUCCUGCCAACCCUCCAAAGACUAGGAAGCACCGUCGACCCUAACAUCGACGCGCUAGCGAUCGCUAAGGCCUGGUUCGCUUCAUUUGUCGCUGCCAUCUCCUCAAAGGAUGCAACCGCAGUCGUCGACUUGUUCGUCAAUGACGCCUUCUGGCGCGAUACGUUAGCCCUUACCUGGGACUACCACACCUACGAGGGAAGAGAUAGAGUGAAAAAGUUCCUUGCCGACCAGUUGCCAAAGUUCAACCUUGCCGCUUUCAAAUUGCACGAAGAUCUCGUCGGUCUUCAGACUCCCUUUGAGGAUCUGGCAUGGAUACAGGGUUAUUUUACUUUUGAUACCACGGUGGGACACGCGUCAGGGAUUUUCCGAGUCGUUCCAUUGGCAAACGGGUUGUGGAAGGGUCACACCGUAUACACUAAUCUCGAGGACCUAAAGGACUUCCCAGAGAAGAUCGGUCCUCUUAGGAAUUCGGAAGCGAACCACGGGAAGUGGGCCGAAGCAAGGAAGAGAGAACAAGAAUACCUCGACGAGGAACCUAGUGUGAUCGUCGUAGGCGGUGGUCAAAGCGGACUAGAGGUCGCUGCGCGUCUCAAGGUGUUGGGCGUCAAGGCAUUGGUCAUCGAACGAAACGAACGCGUCGGUGACAACUGGAGGAAACGAUAUGCAACGCUUUGCCUGCACGAUCCAGUGUGGUAUGAUCAUAUGCCCUAUUUGCCGUUCCCUCCUACUUGGCCUGUUUUCACUCCAGCAUUGAAACUGGCAGAUUGGCUAGAAUCCUACGCUCACGCUCUCGAACUCAACGUAUGGACAUCUGCUAAGGUUAUGUCCAUCGAGCCGGGUACGAAUGGAAAAAAGUGGUCAGUCAAAUUGGUCCGCGGAGACAAAAGAGGGCGUGUCUUCGAGGUGAACCAUGUCGUCUUUGCUCUCGGGUUUAGUAGCGAUACUGUCGGGACGCCAGAUAUUCCCGGUCAAGACGAGUUCAAGGGCCAGGUAUUACACGCGAGCAAGUAUAAACUAGCCACAGACCAUCUUGGCAAAGAGGUUGUGGUGGUUGGCGCAUGUACAUCAGCCCAUGAUAUUUGUUCAGACUUCGUCGACCAUGAUGUUGAUGUCACGAUGGUUCAGAGAAGCUCGACUUACGUCAUGUCCACAAAGUAUGGCGUACCGAUGCUUCUGGCACUGUACGGCGAGAACGGACCUUCCACGGACCUUGCCGACCGCAUGAACUCUUCAUUCCCAAAUGCGAUUGUCAAGCUUUUGCAUCAACGUGUAACCCCGAUGAUCGCCGAAGCGGACAGGGACAUACUGGAUGGCCUCCGCAAGGUCGGGUUCAAGCUCAAUAUGGGUGAAGAUGGAUCUGGGCUACUUCAACUCAUUUGGAAGAAAAUUGGAGGCUAUUACCUUGAUGUUGGGGCUUCUCAGAAGAUCAUUGAUGGAAAGAUUAAGCUGAAGGCCGACGGACACAUUUCCCGGUUCACAUCGACCGGUCUCCUCUUCGAAGACGGUUCGACCUUGAAUGCAGACGUCGUAAUCUUCGCUACAGGUUACCGGGACGCACGCGAAGCCUACCUGCAGCUGCUACCAACCUAUCUCCAUAGCGCCGUCCAGCCUAUAUGGGGUAUCGACGAAGAAGGUGAACUCAACUCCGUGUCACGCGAGAUCGGUGGACGGGGGCCAGAUGCCAACAAGGUGGCCGGUCUGUGGUCGCUGAUGGGUAACCUUGCAAUGUGUCGGUUCUUUUCAAAGCAUGUUGCACUUCAAAUCAAGGCUUACGAGGAGGGAAUUUUCGGUGAACGGUAUUAG